GCAUCAUAUAUAUGAGUGUGUACAAAAUAUGUAAAGAAAAAUGUGUACAAACAUCUCUAGAAAAUUGAAGUACAUCUGGGUCUGGGUAGUGGGCUGAAUAGUUUGAAUGUGUGUUGCGGGACAACCUUGGGCACUAUUUAUCAAAGCUGUAUCGUGUUUUGGCCGAACAAACAAUUGCGUGCUGUUACUGUUUCCACUUUCCAUCGUCCGAACAGACUGGUCGGCUCACUCUUAAGUGCAGAGAAAUGGCAAAAGGUCUUAUAUGGGCAACAGCAGAGGAUUUGGCAAGGAAUAGAGGACGAGUUCUGUCUCUCUAUCGCCAGAUAUUGAGGAGCCUCAACUCCCCAAAUUUGGCUCUCACUUUAGCCGCAAGACUGGCUAAGAAAGCAGAGGCUCGUGCUAUUUUCAUGCUGGGUUCUGAGGAGAGAUCCCUGCAUAACAUCGAUGACCUUAUUGACACUGCUGAGUACUCUCUUUCCCUUCUAAGAAAAGGUGAAAUCCCCAAAUACAUACAAUGAGUAAGUUAUCUCCUGCCAUCUGUUUGCGCUUGGAACUCUCUUUAUCUCUCCUACACACACAUGGAACAAACUCAAUUUUAUUUUUUUUUAAUGAAUACAUACAUGGAACAAACUCAUGUUGAUGAACCAGUUUGAUGUGACAUCUCAUUUCUACCGGUUAACUGAAACCAAAACUUCAGUCCUUUGUUAGUGAUACAUGAAUCUAUUGUUUCUUAUGCACCCAUAUACAGCUAUAAGUUAGCCAAACAAUUCUCAAAUCCUUUCUUUAGUUCUA